CCGCCGACGAUGAGUGAUAACGCAGAAUACAAGGAAGCUUUCGCGCUGUUUGACAAGAAGGGUACCGGUGCUGUGCCUAGGGAGGUGCUGGGCGAUCUGUUGCGCGCUUUGGGCCAGAAUCCAACACAGGCAGAGGUGGCCGACAUUGUGAACAGUGCACCUAGGGAUGUUGACUACAAGACAUUCCUCACUAUACUCAACCGACCGGAUGGCUUCAAACCCGCAGGAACGCCAGAGGAGUUCAUCCGCGGAUUCCAAGUAUUCGACAAGGAAGGAAACGGUUUCAUCGGCGCCGGCGAGCUUCGAUACGUACUGACUCAGCUUGGCGAGAAGAUGACUGACGAAGAAGUCGACGAGCUGCUGAAGGGUGUUCAGAUCGGAGCGGAUGGCAAUGUGAAUUACGAGUCGUUCGUCCGCACUAUCCUCAGCCAAUAGGCCAGAAUGGAACCACAUUGCACUGCAGAAGCUGCUCGGGAAUGGUGAACUCAUAUGUAUUUUGUACCUCGAUAGCUACUUCUACGACGUCUGCAGCCUGCUUAGCCUGUACAUGAAUUGGCUCGACAGUCAUCAGGUGAAUGAAGGUACCAAUAGCACCG